AAAUAUCCCUCUUCUCUUUGAAACAGACCACCAAAAAAAGAGGUGAAGAAUGGGAGAAGUAGAAGUAGAAGGAGGAGAAGUGACUGCUGUGCAAGAGAAAGUGUUGGACAUUAGUCUCAAGGAUCUUUCAAGGAAACUUGAGGAAUUUGCUCAGGCCAGAGACUGGGAAAAGUACCAUAGUCCAAGGAAUCUUCUUCUUGCUAUGGUUGGAGAAGUAGGAGAGCUAUCAGAAAUAUUCCAAUGGAGAGGAGAGGUGGACAAAGGUUUGCCAAAUUGGAAAGCAUCAGACAAGGAGCAUCUAGGAGAAGAGUUGUCUGAUGUGCUGCUUUACCUCAUUAGAUUGGCUGAUAUUUGCGGCAUUGAUCUUGGCGAUGCUGCUGCCAAGAAAAUUGUCAAGAAUGCUAUCAAAUACCCUGCUGAUAAGAUAUACUGAAAAACAAUUUACUCCUUUCUUUUUUCUUUUCUUUUUGAGGGGUAAGGAUUUGUUUUACUUGUUCUUGCUUGGUGAGCUUGAAGAAAUCAUAAUUUUGAUGGAGUUUUCAUAGUGAACUUUUAAUAAAGUAGUAGACUUCGCCUUUGCUGAGCA